AUGAAGCGAAAUUGGGAAGGCGGAGGAUCUUCAGCUUCUUACGGUCAAUCGAAUGGGAUACCACAGACGGACGAAUCAGGUGGAUGGGUUCAAGUAUCUUCUCAUCCCUAUGCUCAAGCUUACUCAUCAAUGCCAAACCCAUUCCAACCUUCUCCUCUACACAAUUCGACUACUUACGAUCAGACUUCCUCUUACCUCGACAACAGCAACAACAGCCUGCAAUCUCACGCUCAUCAAGAUAAGAAACCUCGAACAGACCAUUCACCGAAAGACAUCGGCGGUGGAGAAAGUGAUAAUGAGGAUGACGAAGAUGAUGAUGACGAUGAAGAUGGGAAUGACGGUAGUGCAAAGGGAACUCCGGUGGGGAAGGGCAAAGGGGGGAAAGGUAAAGGUGAUAAACCGAAAGUCAAAUUGACAAGAGGAUCCAGAGCUUGUAUCGCCUGUCGAAAGAUCAAGAUGAGGUGUAUACCUGAUGAGUCCGCUGGUCCAGGUGCUCCAUGCAAGCGGUGUAAAUCAGGUGGUCACGAAUGUAUUUUCGAAGAGUCGAACCGUGGUAAACGAAGUACACGUAAGAAUGAAGCUAUGGCAGCGAAGAUGGCCAAGUUCGAAGCUGCUUUGAAAGGGAUUGGAGCGGCAUUAAGUAACCUAGAUCAACCCGCUCUCAACUCAUUCUCGACAGCUCUACAUUCCACGACUGCCGAUACGGACGUUAUCAAUUUGAUCACUUCCCACACUUCACCUUCUGCUGUACCAACUCUGGCGGUCGCUAUGAACCGACAAUCAUACAACUCUGCUGGUGGUGGUGAUAGAUAUCCAGGUGAAAUGCGAGGAGAAGAUAGUGCCCAUGGUCCACACCAUUCACAACCACCUUUAUCUCCCAGAUUACACUCUUUACCUGAUAACGUCUUAUCACCAUUGGGUUUACUGGCUGAAGCAAGUCUACAAAAUACCGAUAGCAAGAAGAAUAAAAAUUCUGUAUCCAACCCUUCCCCUAAUCACAACGCCACCAACAACGGUAACAACAAUAAUGUCGGUGGUAAAUCUCUACAUAGGAACUCAGCGUUGAAUUUUGAUGGUAGAUCCAACCCUCCACCCAGGAGCGGAAGUCCAAUGGGUCUUUCACCUGGAAGUUACAGGAUGGCGACGAGUGAUAUAAGAGGUGGGAACAGUGUGACGGUAGCAGAUGAGGAUGAACAUAACCAUUAUAGUGAGAACGGUCAAGGUGUAGCGUCUCAUAACUACUUCAAACUAGGAGGGACACUCAACCCUGCAUCCGGACUCAGCGAUAAUCGAUUACCAGAACUUAUGACUAUAGUAUCGAGGGAGGAGAUUGGAGAAUUGUUUGAUAUCUUCUUCGACCAUAUGGCAUUCCAUGUACCUUUGGUGUACAGAGAGUUCCAUACCCCAGAUUUGGUCUUGCAGAGAAGUCAAUUCCUGUGUACAGUGAUAUGCGCCUUGGCUGCUAGGUAUUACCAUAAGCGACCGGAGCUACAUGCUCAACUAUCAGCUUAUGCAAAGAGACUCGCAUUUGAAGUGCCGUCCAGAGGAUACAAGUCGGUCGAGGUUGUUCAAGCGUAUCUCUUGCUUUCCUUAUGGACAUUGGGUCCCGAGAAGACAUUCGAACAGGACAGGACGUGGUUGAUGCUUGGUAUGGCUAUCAGAAUGGCGACAGACCUGAACUUGCAUCGAAAGAGUAUCGUAUCGGGACUAGAUACUGAAGAAGGGAAAGCUAGGGAUCUUGAGAUAAUCAAUCGUGAACGAUGCUGGUUACAUUGCUUCGUCCUGGACCGAUCCCUCUCCGCUCAGAUGGGUAAACCUUACACUUUGAGGGAAGACUACAUCAUCCGAAAUGCAUGCGAAGCUUCAUGGCAUCAACAACGAUUCUCCUUACCCUCCGAUCGACCUUUAUCUGCUUAUGUCGUACUCCAGCAGAUAAUGAGUAGAGCGAUCGACUCGAUAUAUAGUAGUACGACUACUGUUAGUGGAUUGAGGCAUGAUUGUGAUUACAUGCUGAUCGUUCGAUCUGCUCAUGAGGAGCUUCGAAGAUGGUUGACGGAGUGGAACAAACCUGAACAAUACGUAGGAAUGGCCGGGAUCUCGGAUGGGAAGAUGGAGUACGAUUCGAGGGCACAAUUCUAUUUCGCUUACUCAAGCUUGGUCUUAUACUCCUUCGGCCUGGAAAACGCGUUAGAGCGAGCGAAAAUGGACAUUUCAUUCUUCUUGACAAAUGUCUACGAAGCAGCCACGCGGGUUUGCACCGUCCUCAAAGAAGAAUUCCUGCCAAAAGGUUAUUUACCUUAUCUACCGGAUACCAACUUCGUCAUGUGCAGCUAUGCUCUUCUCUCAUUACUAAAACUGCUCAAACCUGAGCUUCGACCAUACCACGACUCUGAGGAACCUAUAUUUAAGCUUGUUUCCGAAAUGGCGGAUAUACUGGAAGAUUGCGCCGUCGAUCCUUCGCAUCAACCAGCCAUAUACGCCGCCUUCAUCCGAGAGAUCGUGCGUAAGACCAGGGAACUGCGGCAUGGAUCAUCGGCCACUGCACCUACAUCACCCGGAACGUUGUUAAGUCAACAGAUUCACGGAACGAUGGCCACUGGACAUCCCAUCGCUAUCGCCCCCGUCGCAGGAACAGUGGGAACCGAUCAUUCUACUGCGGUCGCUGCUGCCGUAGCGGCUGUGACUGCCGCGGCUGCUAAUCAGAAUCAUAAUACUGGUGUAUACGAUCCUCAGUUACUGGACCAAGAUGCUAAUUGGCAGCCGGGAGAUCUAUUACCCGGACAUUCGGGAGAGACGCAGUUUGCUUAUAUACCCCAGGGAGGUGAUAUGAUGAUUCUUCCUUCUCAAGCGGGACCUUCCGUCGCUCCUUCCCCGACAGCUGCCUUCCUCGCCAACCCACUCUCGUCAAAUUCGACUUCCAUCAACGGAAUGCAGAGUUCGCAAAACUACGUAUCGACUCCUACAGCAUCUAACGGAUGGGCGGAAUACUUGCCUACAUUCAUGAGUUCGGACGGAUUUGACGGAUGGGAUGGAAGUAUGCUCUUACCUGGUUUCGGAAGGAAUCAAAUUACGUUGGGAGGAGGAUUAUUACAUAGUCAACAUGGUAGUGGGAUAAUUACACCCGCCCACCAGACGCCUGCACAUAGUAGGAUGGGAUCGAGGGCCGGAAGUAGAGCUCAAACCCCUCAUCACGGGUCGCAAGGAUAA